CUCCCUGAUCCCCAGUCACACCUCGAACAUAUUCCUUCCUGCGGGGAAAAGAAAUCAGAAAACCCUAAAUCGAGGAAAAAUCUCUCGAGACUUUCUAGUCCGAGAAAAAAUAUCCACCAUCUCCGAUAUUGUUGUUCUUCGAUCUCGUUGCUGAGUCAAACAAGCCGAGAGAUUCCCUCUGUUCGAUUCUGGUGAGAGAGAGAGAGAAGGAGCAACGGAACUUCCUCACUCCUCCGGAAAUGGCGUCGUUUAAGGUGAUGCCUUCUUCCAACUCGAGAAACUCGGAUCUGUCUCGUCGUAAUUCUUCUUCUGCUUCUUCUUCUCCUACUAUAAGAUCACACCAGCUGAAGCAAGAUUCGAGCGCCGAUCGGUCGAGGAUAAGCGGCGGUUACGGCGGUUUGAACGACAGAUUCGGUUCCUCGAUGAAGGUAGACGGGAUUCUGCGGGACGCUUACGGUGCGGAUCCUCCGUCUUCUUCGUCGGUGGCGGCCGCCGCGGAGUCUACGCUUCUGGACGCGUCUAUUUCUCUCUUUGACGAUCCUGCUCCUGUACCGGUGGAGAUGGCUGUUAACGUUGACCGGAGCGGAGGGGGAGGUAGUGACGGGGCUAUGAGUGCGGCUGAGACGCUGGGGAAGAGUGUAGAUGAUGUUUGGAGAGAGAUUGUGUCGGGGGAGAAGAAGGAGAUGAAGGAGGAGACGCAGGAGGAUAUAAUGACGCUGGAGGAUUUCCUGGCAAAGGCGGCAGUGGAUGAUGCGGUGGGUACGACGGAAUCGGAGGAUAUGGAUGUGAAGAUUCCGCCGGAGAGGCUUGGCGGCGGGGUCUACGCAUUCGAUUCAGCGCCGCUGACGCCGUUUCAGAUGAUCGACAAGGUUGAAGGAUCUAUCGUCGGGUUUGGGAACGGUUUGGAUGUCUAUGGAGGAGGAGGGGGUCGUGGCGGAGCCAGGGGAAAGAGAGCGAGAAUGAUUAUGGAACCGUUGGAUAAGGUUGCUGCACAGCGGCAGAAGAGAAUGAUCAAGAAUCGUGAAUCUGCUGCGAGGUCCAGGGAGCGGAAGCAGGCUUAUCAAGUUGAGUUGGAGUCCUUGGCAGCGAAACUAGAGGAGGAGAAUGAGCAGUUGUGGAGGGAAAAGGCCGAAAGAACGAAGGAAAGAUACAAGAAGCUAAUGGAGAUGGCGAUUCCAGUGGUUAGGAAACCGCCUGUCCUUCGUAGGGUCCGAUCAUCGGAGUGGUAAAAUUAACGAGCUCUGUAUUUGUGGCUGGUAAAAAUCUUCCUUUUUACCGUAUUGGCUGAUGUGAUGACCCCUUGAGGUAAAGAGGAGAGAAUCUAAAAUGGGAGCAUCAGUGAACAUAAUUCAACAUCCACCACGGGUAACAUCUUCUGGAGAUUAUUUAGAUGUUUUUUGUUAGGAAUCCAGAGAUCAUUAGGGAUGCAGUUUCUGUAGUAAAUCUUAUAUGCGUUAGGACACAUGAUAUGUAUAUAUGAGUAUGUAUCCACGUAAAGAGUGAGUGUGUGGUUGAUGCUGCCUCUUGAGGAACACACACACACACACACACACACAUAUAUAUAUAUAUAUAUAUAUAUAUAUAUAUAUGUAACUGUAAUCUCUAUCAGUAAUCAUUUGCAAGAGUGGUGGUGAUGCUGCAUAUGUACAUGCUCGAAUUGUGUAGUGUUUCUAAGGGAUGUUGUAAUCUGCAUGUGCGCCAUUGGUGCUUGUCGGCUGUAUUAAGAAUAUAUAUAUAUACGUAUAUGUUUUGUUGGACCAAUAGAUGGUUUAGUUGAGUUGGUU